GUGGUGUGUUUUAAUGGGUUCUGUUGGACCUACAGACAGUUAGAUUAGUAGUGGUGGUGUGUUUUCCAUGUUGCCUCACUGUAAUGUCAGUCUCAAUUUUGUGUCACAAGCGCAGUGCAGUGUUUUGAGGGGGGAAGAGUGUGUGUAACUCAUGAUACCUGGUGACUUCACAUCUCUAGGGGCUUUCAUCAAGAUAAGCAAUGUCACCUGUAAUGUCACCAUCAGUAUUAGCUUUAUGGAAGGUGACAUACUGGGUUAUGUCACAUUUAGGCAAUGCACCCUAUACAGGGAGCUGUUCUGUCACCCUUUAUACACACUUUGUAUUGCUUAUGAAGACCGUAAUGUAUGCUAUAUCAAGCCUUUAUAAGUUGUAUUUAGUUUAAUCACAGUCUAUCCUUCUGCUUUACCAACACCAGAGACCAUGGUGGAGAGUGUUGGAUCAAGUCUGGACCUGAGGACACCAGAGACCAUGGUGGAGAGUGUUGUGUCAAGCCUGGACCUGAGAAAUUGAUUCCUCAGAGCUGUAAGACUUGUGACCAUGUUGAGGACUCCACACACUGGCUUCAGAUUGAACCCUUGACUUCCACUGUCCAGGGAGUGACAAUGUUCAGACACAGGACACCCAAAGGGAGUUAUGAGUGCACAGUGUCUGGGCUCCGCUGGCUGUGUGAGAGAGAUGUCAUCCUGAAGUAUCACUUCAGGAACUGGGAUCCCUACAGUCAACUUCUGAAAGACAUGCAGUACACACAAGGUGGUCCAUUGCUGGACAUCACUAUGGAGUUAGGUGAACUGGAGGAAGUUCAUCUGCCACACUUUGUCUGUUUAGGGACCAACCCUUCCCUGAGGAAUGAGAUGAAGAUUCUUCAUGUAGAGGAACAUGGAGUGUCUUUAGAGGAAGUGCAUGAGGUCACCAGAUUCCAUGCUAAGAUUCUCCAUCCCAAGUUCUCAGCUAUCUCUCUGAUACUGAGAUUACUGUCUUGGAACGUAGACGUCCACUGUGAGCUGAUGCUCUAUCUGACAGUGAUGAAGGAAACACUAAUUUCUCGCCUAUACCUGUUCCCCUGGAAUCCCGGCCAAAUACAGGCUGUGGAACAACAGGAAUCAAAGUUUCAAGGGUCUAAAAGGUUUCCCAUCACAAGACCAGAGCAGUCCUUCAAACUAUAUAGUUCCAUCAGACUGAACAUUCCCUGUUCUACCUCCAUCAAUCCACCGAAGAUUCAUUUCAUACAAAGAGACACCACACCAAGCUUUUUCAAGGCGGUUGUGAAAAUGACAGGGAUUGACAUUGAGAUGGAGUUAUUCAGUGAUGAUGAGAGGAUAGUAUGGACAGAAAUAGUAUCACGAGAUGAAUACAUCACUGACACCCAUUCAACAAGUGCUGUGUCGGGGGCAGGGCGUCCGGCUGAGAGCAGUCUGACUGGUUCUGCAGAGCACCAGCUGCUUUCUGUACGUGCAGAGUUUGUGAAACGAGUAUCAGGACCUGUCCUGAAUGAACUGCUGGACAGACUCCUGCAACACACAGUCAUCAACCAGGAGGACAUGGAGUCCGUGAAGGUGAUCGCUGAGAGGGCAGAGAAGGCACGUGACAUCAUCGACAUGGUGUUGAGAAAAGGAACGGAGUCGUGUUCCAGGAUGAUGAACCUUCUUGGGGAGCUGGACCCUUAUCUUUGUUCACAGCUUCAGAUCAACAGUGUUGGGCUACCAUCCUAAUGGUAGAAUGGAUAGUAACAGUGUUGGGGUACCAACCUAAUGGUAGAAUGGAUAGUAACCGUGUUGGGGUACCAACCUAAUGGUAGAAUGGA